GGGCAGCGGCCUCAGGGCCUGCAGGGCCUCCAGCGCCAUGCCUCUCCGGUGCCUGCUGCUGAACGGCCGCCUGCAGCCCGCUCUGCUCCGCUCGGGCGCGCUCGCGUCCGCGCAGAGCCGAAGCAGCCAAGGAAGCCGAAGAGCCCUGGCCUGGAGCGCGCGGUCUGGGCCUGGAGCGCGCGCUGACGCUGCGACCGUCUCUGUCCCCAAGAGGGCUCGAGCGGAGGAUGGCACUUCUCUGCGUUUCGUGCGGCUCUCAGAGCACGCCACGGCGCCCACCCGCGGGUCCACGCGCGCUGCAGGCUACGACCUGUACAGUGCCUAUGAUUAUACAAUAUCACCCAUGGAGAAAGCCAUUGUGAAGACGGACAUUCAGAUAGCUGUUCCUUCUGGGUGCUAUGGAAGAGUAGCUCCACGCUCUGGCUUGACUGUAAAGCACUUCAUAGAUGUAGGAGCUGGUGUCAUAGACGAAGAUUAUAGAGGAAAUGUUGGUGUUGUGCUGUUUAAUUUUGGAAAAGAGAAGUUUGAAGUGAAAAAAGGUGAUCGGAUUGCGCAGCUCAUUUGUGAGCGGAUUUCUUACCCAGACUUAGAGGAAGUGCAGACACUGGAUGACACUGAGAGAGGCUCAGGAGGCUUCGGCUCCACAGGAAAGAAUUAAAGCUUUGCUUGAAGUAUUUUGCUGUUUCAACACUGUAAACAGGAGCUUUAACUUUGGAAGCAUUUCGUGUUCUAGGAUGCAGGAAAGGAGACCUGUCACAUUGGAACUACUGUGGUUGAUGGUCCCCUGUAAGUCUACAUCAUGAGGAUGGCACUGAUGUACAGACUUACUAAAACCAAGGGUACAAUCAGAUUUUUUUGUUGUUGUAUUAUUUAAAGUAUCGCCCUCCAAGAACUGGUUUUGCUCUAAUUGCUGUAUCAUUUGUAAUUUUUUUUUUAAUCCAAUAAAGUUGAAACCUUUAGCAGAUAAUGAUUUUACACUGGAA